UAAAAGCAUCCUAACCAUCUAAUCUAUACGUCUAUGUGUUCGGCAUCCAAGGAAAAGAGUCAAAAGACCAGGCUUCCAUAUUUCCAUCCUAGUGUCUUCCCCAGUUUUCAAUUGAAUUAUUGAAAACCUCAAGAAUCGCUGAUUGGGAAUUCGUCUUCCAACUCGUCCCAUAAGUUUAUACACACAUUCAGAGUUAAACAACACAACUUCAAAGGAAUCAAAGCCCAGUGAUACGUUGACUCCGAGGGCUCAAAUCAUGAGCAUUAUCAGUGAGUUGUGCAAGGAAAGUUGCCAAGUUCAUCGGGCAAGGGUAUGAAAAUGAGUUGGAUGUACAGAACGAUACGGACAGCAGCAGGGUGUCCUCGCCUCACUAAGUUCACUUUCCAUCCCCCUAAGAUGGUUGAGGUGGAGUUUGAAAAUGGUAGUUUGUAUCAUCUGUCAGCUGAAUAUCUCAGAAUUUAUAGCCCAGCAGCUGAUAGUAAGAUCCGUUCUGUUGGGGGUGAAAAGGUGAUAUGCGGGAGACGCCAUGUCGGGAUGAUGUCAGCAGAGCCAAUAGGAAACUAUGGCGUGAGGUUGCUGUUUGAUGACAUGCACAAGACAGGUAUCUUUACAUGGGAGUACUUGUUCCGUCUUGGGAGCAACAAGUACCCUCUCAUGAGAGAUUACAUCAAAAUCCUCAAGAAGCACGGACUAAGCCGCGACCCGCGACCACUUGUUAGAAGAACCAAGUGACUGAUAAUGUGAGUGUGGUGGAAAUUAGAAAAGAAUCUUAUAACUGCAUAUAUAUCUGCUCUCUUGCUUGGGUGUUAUCUCAAGAACAAAACUAAAUUAAAGAAAUGGUUUUGAGUACAAAUUCAGUAUAUGCAAGAAUAAGAAAGGUGCAGCCUUUUGUUAUUUUGUCAUAUCAUUUUGCCUAAAGGGCAAGGUAAGACGGCUAGUCUUGAAUGUUAAGUAAUCUUAUUGUGAUGUUUUCCAAAUAUUGUACUACUUAACUAAUAUUUUGGAAAUGAGUUUUGUAGGAACAUUUCAAUCUAUUUUGCUUGUUCCUAAUUUCCUAGACGAAAAGUGCAUAUGAUGAUAUGAAUCCAUUUUACUUAAGAGUUAAUCAUUCUCUACAAUGACUGCAUAGCGCCAUAGCAUGUGUUGGGUAUUUAUGCAAGUGUGAAAUACUAUUUUUUGUAUUUUAUAUUUUAUAUUACUCCGUAUUAAACUACAAAAAUGGGAUCUUUCAACUAAUUACUCCUUAAUAUGAAAAAUAAUUCUUCUCAUGCAUCACAUUGGUAUUAUACUUGUUUAUAUUGAAAUAAAUUAUGUAAUGAAUUCAAAAUAGAUGAUAUUGGCAGUUUCGAAACCUACAAACAUGAAUUUGAAACUCAUUUUUACUGAUUUUCGUAUUGUUUUUAUCUCAAAAUAUUUUGUGCAUACUACUUAUAUUCCUAAUUUUUGUUUCUUGUUAAAAGAGAAACAGAAAUAUAUCCUUAAAUUCAGGUUUGGAAACUUACAUACUUGUUCCAUAUAGGCAUGGAGUCAGGUUGGUCCGGUCCUGGUUUCGAGCCAAGACUGCCCGAUAAAAAAAAUCCUUGGGUUUGGGCCCAAAUGAUUUUUCUCGAGUCUGGGCCGGUUUUGGGUACCCAACUAGUCCGAUCCUGGACCCGGUUCUCAAUAAUGUUUUUUAUAUUUUGAUCGAACCAAAGCCUAAAAUAAACUAGGUCGGGAUCAGAACCGCUCGUUUUGAUUCCCAAAAUGGAAACCAGGACUGUGAAACGCUUUAGAGUGGUUCGAUCUAGUCCCAACUCCCAAAUAGUGCCAGAAUUGCUCUGGGACCGCCGACCGGGGUCCCAAAGCGGUUUGCCUAGUUCUAUAUUGAAACAAAGAUUUACAAAUUUAUAAUUUGGGUAGAAUAAAUUUAUCCUCGUGGCUCGUGCUUAUAUACUUUUUAUUACGUCCAAAAGCAACUUGCUUAUAUCGUGUCUGCCGUUGGAGAAGAAGCAACUCCCUCCCAAAGAGUGGAAGAUGAUUGAAAGUGCAAAAUGGAUUAGGAUCUUCUGCCGCAUGGCAGAUCCCCUUGCGCAUCGGAUGGCCAGGCACCGGCGAGGACGGCCUCAAGAUGAGCGAAAGAGUGGACCUUGACAUCUCCGACGUUGAAUUUUCGAUCGGACGAUAGUGAAGAAGCAAAACACUCUACAUUGCUCUAAAGCAAGGCAGAGGAUCCGUGCAAAAUAUACCUUACAGCCUUACACUAUAUUUUGGUUUGAGAGGUUAUGUUUUGAACUUUUAAUUGUCAAGUUGAACCCUCAUAGUAAAAGUAAAUAUACAAUUAUAUAAUAAAUUCUUUAAAAAAAUAAAUAAGUUCAAUUGUUCAAUGACUACAAUGAACUUAUUUGGGUAUAUGACAGGCGCUUUUUAGAUACGGGGUAUGAAUGAACAAUUACAUAUAGGAAUUUUAUUGAUAACAGAGCAUUAUUUAGUUCGAAAAAGUAGAAAUUAUAUAUAUAUAUAGAGUAAUCUUCCGGUCAGGAAUUUCCUGACCGGAACACCGUCCGGCCUCCUCCUUUUGGGGGCCUUCCCGGUGGUAUUUUUUGCUCAAAUUUUUUGUGUAUGUUCCUUAUCAAGUCUAGUUCAUCCAAACCAGAUUUCAGCAAAAAAUUCAAUCAGGAAGGUUAUCAAAUGAUUUUUGCAAGUUAACUGGUCCGGAAAAUACAUAUUUUAGUAAUAAAGCAUUAUUUAUAUAUUCUGAUGGUAUAGAAAUGUUUAUAUAUAAAACUAAAAAAUACAUAUUUUAGUUCUAUGGGAAUAAAGCAUUAUUUAUGUUGAAAAAAUAGAAAUUUUAUUUAGUAAUGUGUAAAUAUAAUAAUAUCUUUAUAUCUUUAUCUAUCGUAUUUUUAAUUUCGAUUACACUUGAAUGUUGUUGUCUUUCGGCCCAAAUGAAGAGAAAUUUGAACCUGCCCAUAAGACUAGCCAAGGAAAGAUGUGGCAAGUCUGCUGCACCCUGCACGUGUGCUGUUCACACCGCUACGCGCUGGCGCACCGACCGGCCGCCACACCGCGCCCUGCACUCAACGUUCACCCAAUCGCCGGCUGCAUAAGAUCCCGAAUUCAGACAGAUCAUUUUACUAUGUCCAAGGUCUGUCCUGAAGGCUCGAGCAAACAUCUCCCAUAGUGCUCUGUUUUGUUUUCCAUUGAUUGCUCAGUUGUAAAGAAGUGGUAUUUCGAUUGCCAAAGUAAUGGAGCCUGCAGCCAUGGUGGUUGAAAAACUUAAAGCUGUUGCUCAAUCGACUAAAGACUUUGCUUCUAACAUUCUUAACUUGAACCAGAAUUCCAACCGCCGGCGCAAUCCGAUCGAAAUAUUGAAGAGACUACAACGGGAAACAUUUUCAGAUAUCAUGAAGCUAAGGGACAGACAAGAAAAGGCAGAACGGUUGCUUUCCUUUUAUAAAACCACCAAAGCGGGUCCCUUCCAAGAAGGCGGCACUUUGGUCAAGGGAGAGGUUGACAUGCUAGGGGCAUUGGUGAUGACGAACACCAUUGAUCAACCAACAUGUGAUGCAAUUCAAAGGGCUGGGAUUAAGAAUGGGAUCGAAUCCAGGCUUUAUUUUGAAAGAAGCAUUGGUGAGAGAGAUAAAAUUGUGACAGAGUUUGUUGGGGGUGAUAGAGGUAGGGAAGAUGCAUUGUGGGCUCCACUUUCUCUGGCUAAAGUUCUUUUUUGUGCCAAUAUGAGCAAAUGGUUCUCUGCCGUGGCUAUUCCGGUGGGUGCUCGGUGUCGGGAUUUCAAUGAUGAUACAAGUUUUCCUCACGAGGAAAAGCCCCUGACAGAUUAUUCAGCAGUAGUACCACCCAUGUUGAAUCAUGUAAAUGGUAGUGCAGUUGGCAUAAUGCACUUACGGCCAAAUCGUUUACCAACUUUCCACAAGUACAAAGCUAAGCCUUAUGGGCAUACAGAAAGUGCUGAAAGGUUCAAACCAGCAACCCAGACUUGGAUCCAUGAUCUUUCCUGUUCAGUUUUGGAGGCAAAAUGGACAAUCUUUAGGGGAAGAUGAUGACACGAAUGGAUCUAUGGCCUUUAUGAUGGAGUCACGUCUUGACGAGAGUACAAGAAUAGGAGGUUGGGUUCAGAUGGAAAAAAAAUCACAGCCAAGAAAUGUGAAAUGGGCUGUUUCCAUGUCCGAUACCCCUGAGGAUGGUUUAGGGUGGGGUUUGAGCUUGGGCGGGUUGAACCAAAGUCCAACAAGCAGCUGGGAGCAUUUUCAGGUGGAAGCAUUCCUUAAUUUUAACUUGGGGAAGAAGUGUAGAUUGCAGCCUGCUAUUCUUUAUGUGAGGGACGGUGAUGUCCAAUUCCCGUCUCUUAUGUUUCGGUCAAGCUUUAGCCUCUAGCAGUUUUUUUUAUUCAUAUGAAUUUAGCCACUUGUUUUUUUUCUAUUAUUCUUCUUCUUCUAUGAUUGUAGAAUGGUAUGAACUAUGAAGCAAUCUUUAGACGGAUGCUUCUAUUCCAUUUUAACCUUCUUUUUACUUGUAAUGGCCGAAUUAUCUAGAGAGAAAAACCGUUUACCCUAAAAAGUAUGGAGUAAUUCAUACAUACUAUAAGAAGAUAAUGUAAAAAUAUGAAGGCUGAAAUAGUGG